AUGGUACUCCUGAAAAUUCUCAAGAAAAUAAAGGAAAAGCAAAAAAACUUAAGGAUAAUUAUACUAGGGUUGGACAAUGCGGGAAAAACGACUAUCGUGAAGAGGUUACUGGGGGAAGACAUUUAUAAGGUAAGUCCCACGUUCGGAUUCACCAUAGAGACGUUGCAGUUUGAUAAGCACCUUAUUAAUAUAUGGGAUAUAGGGGGGCAGAAAAGUAUUCGGCACUUUUGGAAAAAUUAUUACGAGAAUGUAGACGGCAUUAUAUAUGUGAUUGAUAGCUCCGAUUUGUUCAGAAUCCAGUUGUGUUCAUAUGAGUUGAAACAAAUUUUAAAAGAGGAGAGAUUGUACGGAUGUUCCCUGCUGAUUUUAUCUAACAAGGUGGAUAUAGAGAACUCCUUAAAGGUGGAACAAAUCGUUGAGAUUUUGAAGCUAAACGAAAUGAACAUUGAUCGCCACUGGUGCAUAAAUGAGUGCAGCGCUUUUUCGGGAAAGGGGUUACUCAAGUCGUUUAUGUGGUUGAUCGAUGACAUAAGCUACAGAAUUAACAGCUCUUACUGAUUUGGUUCAUCCCGCACGCGCUUAUUCCAACAGGAUGUGUCGAAGAUGAUAUGUAUGUUUUAUUUCUUCCCAUUUGUGCAAAUUGCGCACUUUACGCAAUGUCCCGUUCCAUUGUCAGACAUUUGUUAAUUUUUUAAGAGUUAAUUGCUUGCAAAAAGGAGAAAAUCACACAAACACAUGCAGACACAAUUGGGCAAUGUGCUCUUAGCAAAAUGGCAUUUUUUUGAAAAAGGCGCAUAAAGUUUAUUAACUGAAAAAGUGCAACGUUUUUUUGAACGAAUGGCCAUUUUU